AUGACAUCCAUCAUAGUUAGCUACGCAGCAGAGAGGUUUGGCCUCAGUGAGAGCAAGAACCCCAGGACCAAAUUCACACUGAACCGCCGGGCGACUCAGAUACACAAACUGCGCCAUGAACGGAGCCUCAAGAAGCAGUACAAGGUGGCAGGUGAAGAGGAGAAACAACCCUUGGCAGAGCUGCGCAAUAUUCUGAGGAAAAAGCUCAUGACGCUGCGACGUGCAGAAGGGCACCGAAGACGAAGAAAGGAGAGAGCAAGGAAGCGUGCUGCGUUCAUCUCCAACCCCUUCACCUUCACUAAGAAGCUGCCUGACAAACGGAGUGGCAACCUCAGGUGCUCAAUGGCAGAGGCAAACACCUUUCUGCACAACACCCUCAGUGACCCAGAGAGAGACCAGGAGCUUGGACCACAGAGGACCCUCAUUAGCCCGCAAGCACCAACAGUGGAGUUUGUGAUGAGGGAGCCCAGCUGAGCUGAAAUACAGGAGGUUGUGAAGGGAGCCAGAUCAGCAUCAGCCCCAGGCCCCAGCAGUGUUCCAUACACUGUGUACAAACGCUGUCCACAACUACUGCGACAUCUGCGGAAGCUGUUGAGGGUGAUUUGGCGCAGGGGACAAGUGGCAGGCCAAUGGAGAUGUGCAGAGGGUGUGUGGAUCCCGAAGGAAGAGGACUCAAAGGACAUCAGUCAGUUUAGGACGAUCUCGUUGCUAAGCGUCUUGUCACGACGACUAACUGAGUUCCUUCUGAAGAACAGUUAUAUUGACACCUCUGUUCAGAAGGGUGGGAUUCCUGGAGUGCCUGGAUGCCUGGAACAUACAGGAGUGGUAACGCAACUCAUCAGAGAGGCUUGUGAAGGGAAAGGAGACUUGACCAUACUGUGGCUGGACCUGGCCAAUGCGUACGGCUCCAUACCUCACAAGCUUGUUGAAGUUGCCCUGCUGCAACAUCACGUUCCCAAAAAAGUCAUAGAACUUAUCCUGGAUUAUUACAGCAACUUCAGGCUAAGAGUCACCGCCGGAUCGGGCACAUCGGACUGGCAUCGACUUGAGAAGGGCAUAAUAACAGGCUGCACAAUCUCAGUCAUCCUGUUCGCACUCGCCAUGAACAUGAUCGUCAAGUCAGCAGAGGUGGAGUGCAGGGGACCCCUGACAAAAUCUGGAGUACGCCAGCCCCCUAUAAGAGCGUUCAUGGACGACCUGACUGUCACCACCACAUCUGUCCCGGGCUGCAGAUGGAUUCUGCAAGGGCUAGAGAAGCUCAUCACAUGGGCAAGGAUGAGCUUUAAGCCAGUAAAAUCAAGAUGUCUGGUGCUCAAGAAGGGAAAGGUGACAGACAGGUACCCCUGCUCUCUGGCUGGAGCCACCAUCCCGUCCAUUACCGAACAGCCAGUCAAGAGUCUUGGAAAGUUCUUUGAUUGCAGCAAGGAGCUUGAGGGCUGGUUGAGAUGCGUCGACAGAUCUGGCUUGCCAGGGAGAUUCAAGGCCUGGAUUUACCAGCAUUCCAUCCUGCCCCGCAUCCUGUGGCCUCUGCUAGUAUACGCAGUACCCAUUACAACUGUAGAGGCCAUGGAGAGAAAGAUCAGCAGCCACUUACGAAGAUGGCUUGGCCUACCCCGAAGUCUGAGCAGUGCUGCCCUGUACGGCAGUAGCAACACCUUGAAGCUUCCAUUCAGUGGACUCACUGAAGAGUUCAUGGUGACUAGAACUCGAGAAGCCCUGCAGUACAGGGAAUCCAGGGAUGAAAAGGUGGCAUCGGCUGGCAUCCAGGUGCGAACAGGCCGGAAAUGGAGGGCAGUCGAGGCUCUGGAAGUGGCAGAGUCGCGACUGAGGCAGAAGGUACUGGUGGGGUCCAUAGCCUCAGGACGCGCAGGUAUUGGCUAUUUCCUAUCAACCAGGGUGGACAAGGCCCAGGGAAAACAGCGGCAACAUCUCAUCCAGCAGGAAGUGCGGGCAGGCGUGGAGGAAGAACGAGCCAGCAGGAUGGUGGGUAUGGGACAACAGGGAGCUUGGACUAAAUGGGAGAAUGUUCUGCAGAGGAAGAUCACCUGGCCCAACAUCUGGAGAGCAGACUCCCUUAACAUCAGGUUCCUAGUCCAAGCUGUUUAUGAUGUCCUGCCCAGUCCAUCCAACCUCCAUGUCUGGGGCAAAGCAGAGACACCAUCCUGCCUCCAGUGUCCAGGAAGGGGAUCCCUGGAACACCUCUUCAGUAGCUGCCCUAAAGCCCUUGGAGAGAGGCGCUACCGCUGGCGCCACGACCAGGUGCUGAAGGCGGUUGCUGAGAGUAUAGCCAAGGCCAUUUCUACCACCAAGAACCACAGCAAGCCUCAGUCAAUCAGAUUCCACAGAGCUGGAGAGAAGCCCACUAUCCAAGCGAGGGCCAGGUCAGGUCUCCUCACUACCGCCACAGACUGGCAGCUAGAAGUGGACCUGGGCAAACAGCUGAAGAUCCCAGCAAGAAUAACAACAACACGGCUCCGACCAGAUAUGAUCAUUGUUUCUGAUUCCACCAAACAAUUGAUCAUUCUGGAACUGACAGUGCCCUGGGAAGAACGCAUGGAGGAGGCUAAUGAGCGGAAGCGUGCCAAGGACCAGGAGCUGGUGGAGGAGUGUAGGAGCCAAGGCUGGAGGACUUACUGUGAAUCCCUAGAGGUGGGAUGCCGAGGAUUUGCAGGGCGGUCCCUCUGCAAAGUCCUCACCAUGCUGGGCCCCACCGGUGAGGCAAAGAGGAUGGCCAUCAGAUCUGCAACUGAAGCCGCAGAAAGAGCCACAAGAUGGCUUUGGAUCAAGAGGGCUGAUCCGUGGAACUCCGGUCGGGUCGCCUGGGCGAGGGUGUCUGAUGUUGAAUGA